AUCUAAUCUAGAAACCCGUUAGAAACUUUGUUUCUAACAAGCUUACCUGCCAGUUGGCUUUUGGGGUCACUUUGAACAUGCAGUUUUCCUUAUCAAUAGGGUCCCUUCAUCAGUCUCAGACAACAAAAUCCUCGUGAAAUGGUUCAUAACACACCACCAGUAUUUUGUUGUCUUUGCUUUGUUAGCACAUUGGAAAUCACAGAACCUAGUUCCAACCUAGAGCUAGAAAGAGUGUGUUUCUUGGUUAUGUGUCAGGCAAAAAAAAAAAAAAAAAAAAAUUAUGACCUGUGACAUUUUCAUUUCUAAAGAUGUCAUUUUUUAUGAAUCUCAUUUCCGUUUCAAAACUAUCAAUCAAGAAACCCCCCGAACAGUUUGGUGAUGAUCACUUAUUCACUUCUAUCCCCUUCCAUCCACCACUUGUCCUUUCAUUGAUGAUUCACCACCAUCUAGAGGUGGCAAUUUCAAUCCAAUCCACCAAUCCAAUCCAUCAAUCCAUUAAAAAUAUCCACCUAAUCCAAUCCAUUUAAAUCCAAUCCAUUUUACUAAUUAAUCACAAGGUAUUGGUCUUGUUGCUCGUGGUUUUUUGCUCUCGGGGUCUGUAUCCAGCUCCUUGCAUUGUGCACCUGCUUAUAAGUUAUAACAUCGUUCAGAUCUUCAACGAUCCUCUGAGAUCAUCUUGAUUGACGAUACCUUCCUGCAAUGGUAUACAACACAUGCAAACAACAAGUAUAUUUGUCCAAGCGUAGAGUUCUCAAACUUACCAUAUCCAUCCUGUGAGUAGAAAGGGAAAGAUCUCGACAAUAACAUGAAGUACUUAGCUUGUUACUUGUGUUUGCUUUCUUAAACACGAUCUAAUUAAUGACGAAUUAUGCUCAUGUGACGCAUGUUUCAAGUAGAGAUUCAACGUGAAAAAUGAGCUUGAAUGGAAAUCCGAUAUAACGAGUGACUUAAACUUAAGAACACAAUUGAGAAAUAAUGCUUUAACGUACAUCUAAAGACUAAUGAAUAUAUAGAUUAAUAAAAUGACUUAAAAUAGAUAUAUAAAUGCAUAAUUCAUUUGACGUUAAUGGUUUCCCAUUUCAUCGUAUGCUUUUUUUUAACUGUCAUAUAAAUUGGUUGUAUCGCUUUUGGACCAUACCACUUGUUAAACCGGCGUAAUGGUAUAAGCCGGUAUGACAACCUUGGUAUCUAUAAAAAUAAAGGGGAAAAAGAAAAGGCAGAUUUGGUGACUUUUGAAUUUUCCCGAACCAACAACGUAGUAAGAGCUAACAAGUCCUCAAAGUGAGAUCGAGAGCACGAAAGCGUAGAUUCUUUGAGAAUUUAAUUUUUAGACCGUGACGUAUUAAUAGUAAUGUAAUUUACAAAGAACUUUUAUAUAGAAGCUAAAAAACUUAUCAUUGAUAGAAAUAUACACGUGGACUAAAGAAUUGAGUCCAGUUGAGUAAACAAUUUGUAAGGCUUAAUUUCACGUUUGGUCACUCGAAUUGCUAUAAAAUUUCACGUUUGCCACUCAAAUUAAUUUAUUCCAUUUAUAGUCACUCGAAUUAGUUGAACAGUUCAAGUUCGGUCAUUCUCCGUUAACCUCCGUUAACUUUGACUGACGUGGCAGUCAACUCUGAUAGUUGACCGUUAAAUGUGUGACGUGGCAAAUAAAAAAUAAUUAAAAAUAAAAAAUAAAUUUUUAGAAAUUACACAUCAUUAUCACAAAAAAUUAUAAUUAUAAAAAAUUUUAUAAUUAUAAUUUUUCCAUGGAGUUCAGGUGCAGAGCCGGCGACCGCAUAUCGCCGCCGAUUGAGUCCUCCCACCACCGGCCUUCACCCUCCGCCGCCGUGCCUCAUCCGCCGUUUCGAGGUGUUCAGUCGAGCCUCCAACUGAUGACGGACGAGACGCUCCAUCGGGAGCUUGAGAAGGCGCGGGUGUCGCAGGAGAUAAUCGCGGAAGAGAUCGAGCGGCGUAAGGAGGUUAUGAGGGCAGAGUUGCGUCGGCAGAUGAUCGGGGAGAAAGAUCCGGAGCCGGCGAUUUCGACGGCGGAGUCGGGGCGCCUGAUAUUUCCGGAACAGCCGCCAGAGCGCCGUUUCAUUAUUACUCCUCCGGUGCCGCCGACGCCUGAGGUCAUGCCUCCUUCUGCCUCUGUCGCGGAACCUAACAAAGCGGAGAAGCUGUCCGAUCUCGGAGGCGGGAAGCAUGAGAAAUCGGAGGACGAUGAGGGGGAGAAACCCAAGGAAGAUUUCAGGUGCGUGGUUUGCCAGGUGAGUGCUACUUCUCAUAAGCAAAUGAUCGAACACCUCGCGGGCAAGCAGCACGAGGCCAAAUCUCGCUCUUUGGCAAGGAGGAUAAAGAAGAGAGUUGGUUCCGAGAUGCAGAAGAAUCAUGGGAAGCGCGGGAAGUUCAGUAGGAAGUGAAGCCAUUCUCUUUCCCUUAACUGUAAUCUUUUUUUCAUUUUUUAUAAUUGUAAUUUUUUUGUGAUAAUGAUGUGUAAUUUUUAAAAAUUUAAUUUUUAAUUAUUUUUUGUUUGCCACGUCAUACAUUUAACGGUCAACUGUCAGAGUUGACCGCCACGUCAGACAAAGUUAAUGGAGGUUAACGGAGAGUGACCGAACUUGAACUGUUCAACUAAUUCGAGUGACUAUAAAUGGAAUAAAUUAAUUUGAGUGGCAAACGUGAAAUUUUAUAGCAAUUCGAGUGACCAAACUUGCAAUUAAGCCCAAUUUGUAAAGAGAACGAUUCUCUCGUAAGUUUUUUUAUAAUAUUGAAAGAAAUAAUGUUUCUGUUUCCAGAAAUAUGUCUUCUCUAUUAUGAUUCAUUCAUAAAAUUUCUUCCUGUUAUUGAAAAAAUUGGACUUGUUUCU